AUGGCGGACUGCAGCACAUUGCUGGAUGAAGAUCUUGAGUCUUUCGUGUUUAACUAUCUGACUGACAGCCCGGAGCCUGGAGAGGAGAACCUUUCACUGGACUUCCCUGAGAUUGAUCUGUCCCAGUUGGACGCAAGUGAUUUUGACUCUAACAGCUGCUUUAAUGAGUUGCAGUGGUGUAAUAAUCACUCUGAAAACGAGUCCAGCCAAUACAGCACUGACGACUCCGAGCUGUUCCAGAUUAUAGACAGUGAAAAUGAGGCAUUGCUGGAAGCCCUCACACAGACAUUGGAUGAUAUGCAGGAGGAUGAUAUCAGCUUGUCUGCCUUCAUAUCCUCUGGAGAUGGGGACUUCUGCCCCUUACCUGAUCUUCUGUCCAAACCCAGCUUCCAAGCUGAAUCCCCUAAGAGUCCAGAAAAUGAAGAUAAGCUGUCUAUACUGAAGAAGUUGCUCCUUUCCCCAGCUCAGAUGCCUGUGAGUAAUGACGCUCAGAAUGAUGGCUGUACUCGGCGCCAAGGAACUUCCAAAUUCCGUCUUCAGAGAGGAUGCUCAAAGGUAGAGAGCCCAACAGACAGACAACCUGGAUUCCCACCAGCUCAGAGUCGAAGCUGUACGGAGCUACAGAGGCAUUUGGUAACUACUGUCCCUCAGACCAAAGUCUUCUCUUCAACGGAGAAUAACCAGGACAGUAUUAAGGAAGAAGACAGUGAUUCACAGGAUGAUGAACAGUGUGAUGAUGACGACUCUGUGCCCUCCUUAAUAUCUUCUCCUUUAGAAGAUAAGAAACCACAGUUUACCUGCGAGCGCGAGAAGCGUGCAGUGGUAGACCUUAUUCGGUAUAUGCACACCUACUGCCUUCCGGCAAAAAAGCAACACUCUAGUGACAAACACCAGCAUUGUAACAAUAUUUCAAAGAGACCUAAACUGGAGUCUACUCAACAAAUAUCUUGUUCAAAGGAAACCAGCAAGGUGGAUUCCAGAAAUACCAAGGUGAAUCGCCCUUUGGCUGGCAAGUAUAAUUGUAUAAAACCAGUACGUUUUUCUAUCUUGAAAGAACUUCUAGCAAAAGACAUUUCUGGAGAUGUCAGCAAGCCAUACAGAUUGGCUCAACCAGUAUAUGCCGAAUUCUCUGAUUCCUGCGGCAGUCGUCUGUCCAGUGGGAAAGAAGAACUAGAGUUGGGCAAAAAUAAAAAAAAUGAAUUGGGGACAACUCAAAAGUCAUGCCUGACUGUUAAGAAAGAGAGCAGGCAUGGUGAUACUUCUGGAAAGCCAACAAUUUCUUCUCCAGAACGUGUGACUGUUAAAUCAGCUCCUAAACCAGAGAGCUCUGUCUAUGCCGUUAGACGGUCGAGCAGAUUAAAUCCAGAAUUCAGUGGAUGGCUCAUGUUUGACGAUGAAUCAUUUCCACACACGAGUAUGGAGAAGGCUACAGCUGACUUAAAACUCACAACAGCAGAGGAACCUUUUAUUGAAGAAGAGCAGGUGGCUGAGCUUGAAGUGGGAGAAUUAGGUGAUCCCCAUGCACAAGUGGACUUUAACAUGGACAAAGUAGAUGAAAUUGAAAGGGACUCCUGUGAAGAACAUUCUGACAUUGUUGCCCAACAGUUUCAUCCCUCAGAAAAUCCCAGAUGCCCUCCACUCUCACUGUCACAAAGUGUUUCUACAUUCGAAAAGAGAAAUUUUGAGCAAGUACUUGCCGUCGAGCUAUGUGGAACAGCAGGCCUGACACCACCAACCACCCCACCUUACAAAACCCCAGAAGAGGACCAUUACAAGCCCGAGCUUAAUCAGGACACUGUAGAUAGUGGAGCUUUGAUUUCUUGUCCUUCCGAAAUAGAGACAAGUGGAGAACAUGUGUUGAUAAACAGGAAGCAAACAAAAAAGCAACCAGAAAGGACUGAGCUAUUUGCCCACUUGAGCCGGACGGGGAACCUUCCAGCAAAUUGUGAAUCACAAGGAUUAAAGAGACCAUUUUCCAGAUCCUUUGGAGACCAUGAUUACUGCAUGGUCAAAAAACCAGACACUGGCUUUCAGAGGAAAGUAAAAUCUCUGGAUGUGCCUGGCUACAUGGAAAAGAAGGAAAAAUUGUCUAUUAGUCAGGAGCAGCAGAAACAGGUUGAAGACAAACCUGACAGAUGUCAUAAAGCAGGCAGCAAACUCUUGAAGGACCAUGAAAUCCGAGCAAGUCUCACCAAGCACUUUGGCUUUCCUGAUGAUACCCUAAAGGAAGAAAAUCAUAGUAUCUGCAACAGUCCUGAAUAUGAUUCAGUUUUUGAGGACAGUGACAGUGAAAGCAACUCUCCCCAAGAAGACUCUGUCUGCCCGACUCCUCACAGAACCAAAACAUGCCCUCCAAUGAGCCCACCUUCCAAAUCCAAGUUCCAGUACUAUCCCCAGACACGUACCAGUCCACGAUCAUCACGGCACUAUUCACCAGAAAAUAGGAGGACUUACAGAGUCGAAAGCAAUGAGAAGCACCAGACUGGAACCUUAAGCCAAAGGCAAAUUCAAAAAAGGAGACAAAAAGCAAUUGACGAAGGCCGUGUGAUUUACAUCAGAAAUCUCUCCAACAGCAUUAGUGCUAAUGAGCUCAAAAGAAGGUUUGAAGUUUUUGGCGAAAUCACAGAAUGCCGUGUUCUUAGUAGAAGCAGGGGAGAAAAAUAUGGAUUCAUAACAUAUCGAUGUUCAGAGCACGCUGCCUUGUCAUUAAAAAAGGGCGCUUCUCUGCGAAAAAGGAACGAACCCUCUUUUCACCUGAGUUACGGAGGACUCAGGCACCUCUUUUGGACCAAAUACACUGAUCUAGGUAAACAAAUUCAUCAUAUUCAAAUGCAGAGUCCUCGCCAGCUUUAAUCAAAAGUAAAUAUGAGUCUAUGGAUUUUGACAGCCUUCUGAAAGAGGCACAGCGAAGCUUGCAUCGAUGACAGCCUUAACCAAGGAGGAGACCUCAAUACCUCAGUCAAGGCACUUCCGACAUGUUUACGUUUUAGAAAUAAAAAUACAAACAAAUGGAAUACAGAAAAAAAAAAAAAAGACUUUUAACCUUUAAAUUGAUGUUUACAUUGAACAAAGCUGCUUCUGUAUGUGAUAUGUUUCCAUGGUGUUGCUGUCUCACUGCCACAUUUUAGAAUUCUUGCUUUUUUCGGGGCGUCUCUAGGCGUUCGGUCUUCCCUUUUCCUCUUUCCUAAUGUAAUUGCAGCCGUGUUCUCCAUAACAUUUUGUCUGUAGUGUGUAAAAGGAAAACAAACAAACAAACAAACAAACAAAAAAAGGACAAAAAACAGUCAUUUGUGAAUAGAGCCUGGAUUACAAACUAAUUUGAAUAGGAGAAAUAUGUAUAUUCUAAAAAUGUAUUUAAAGUUUCACAAGUACUGUAUUUCAGUUUGUCGUAUGCUUCGUUUUAAACUAUGCACUGUAGUGAGGUGUUUGCAAAAGAUACAAAUUAAUCCUCAUACAUUAAUAAGAAAACAUCACCUGGCAUUUGACACCGGGCAUUUAUAACUCACUUUACGGAAUUAUUGUGGGAACAAACACUAUUUAUAUACGUGACUGGUUUUUCGUUAAUACAGUGUGGCGUCUUUGCAAUUUGUUAGAGCUCUGCUGCUGUUUGGGUCAGGAUUUCAUAAAAAAACAAAACAACAAUAAUAAUAUUUUAAUAUAUCCUGAAAGUUGAAUUUUUGUUUUUUUCCUUGCUUCAUCUCAACAGUUGAGUUUUUUGCCUACAUGUUUUUGAUUUUUUUUCUUCACUAACAUUACAUCUUAUUUCCCUAUCAUGUCCGUUGAUGGCUCAAUUAAAAAAAAUAUUCAUGUAAACACUUUUCAUACUUGAGAACAUGAAUCCGAAGUGGACUAUACAAAGUUGUGAUAAAUAGAAUAUAAUUACCUGUAGCCAGCUAAAUAGCUUAAUUGUUGAGUGCAUCACCUACGAAAUCAAACGUCAAAGAUACAGAUUCUGUUUCAAUUCAGCUUUUUGAAUUCCGAGGUCAGAAGAGAGAGUACCAUUGAGUUGGGUAACAAUCCCAUCUCUAAGAUACUUGAAAAAGAGAUAAAUCUCAAUGUAUGUUCUCUGCUGAAAGUCUUGGGGUAUAUGCAUAUAAAAUUACUACGGGAGCUCAAGUUAAACACUUUGAUUCCGUUUGUAGUCUAUAGUGACCAGUGUGUGUAUUUGGGAGUACACAUACCAGAAAUUAUAAAUUAAUACAUUUUAAGUUAGACGUACGUCCUUGAAAGCAAAGUAAUCAGUGGGUUUUAACUUAUGGCAGUAUACAAUAUAUGAAAAGGAUGAAGUCAUUGCUGAGAAAUACCUCAAACUUAUCACAAUUUUGUAUAUCUCUUCCCUUUACCUUUACAUCAUGAUCCAUCAAUAUGUUUUCAACUGUUCUCACAUUCCUCUGUCAUGUGUUCCUUUGGGUUUGGGUGACUUACUUUGUUGCAUUAAGAUCAUUAUUCGGGAAAUCUGUCAAAAACUGACACAUUUUUUAAAAGCACUAUGCGUUAUUUAUUAUUCAACUAACAGCUUAAGAACACUUCAUUAAAGUGUUUUUUUAUAUCAGUUCAGGGGUUCAUUCAUUAAUCCCUUAAGGACCAAUGGCAUUUAAUUCCAUCAUGAGAAUCUGGUUUCUUAAGUAUCUGGAAUGACCUUGCUUAGCAAUGGCAGCUAUAUACAACUCUGCUGUCACUAAUUCAGUGAGACAUUCCUAUGCAAUGUAGGAUAUUUAACCACUAGAAUGUUAUGACGGGAUUUUAUCGCCAUUGGUCAUUUAAUUGCUUAAACACUGUUUAGUUGAUGCAGACUUAAGGCCAAAGUAGUUGAGUUGAAAAAGUUUCUAAAUUAGAUUAAGCCCAAAGUAGUUGACCUGAAAACGUUUCUAAUUUAGUUGGGCCUUAAUUGGGCUUUGGGAUUUGGUUCUUACUUUCAAGCAUUGAUUUUUCAAAAUGUCAACUUGCUGUUUUAGGGUACAAACCCAGAGGUUACGUUUUUUUUUUGUUUUUUUUUAGCUACAUAUCAGUAAUCACCUAACUAAUUCAUGUAGACAUGUGAAAUUUCUUUUUUUUUUUUUCUUCUUGUAUUCUGUAAAUCUUUACAUAUAAACAUCACCUGGAAUUCACCAUGCAUUUUAUACAAGGUUUUAGCAAAAUGCAGCCUUCCAGUUGGUAUUAGAUCACAACACCAGUCACUGACAGCCAACUUAUAUCUGUGUGGCUGAGGGAAAUUUGAGUUCUACGUCGGAAACCACUGGAGGUUAUGCUAUUUGCCCAAGCCUGGCAAACAACAUAAAUCUGCAUCUAAGAGUUAAUGUUCAUUCUCUGUUGUAUCUAAAAUCAUUUAACAAUUGUUCUGAAAGUUCAACAUUUUCUCCAAAGACUACAAUUGAGAUUGGUCUCCUUGUCACCUUAAUAUAAACUGCAAGUUCAUAAAUGCAUCAUGUAACGCAUAGCAAUAUACUCUCUCCAGCUGAAAUACCGAAGGCCUUUUGGCAGUAGGGGCAAUGAUUUCAGCUUUGUAUAAAAGCCAUUAUUUCCACUUUUGUGGACUAUGUCAUGUAUGUUUUGGGCAUUGGGGCUG